AUGUCUGAUCUACCGCCAACUGUCCAGCAAACUCUAGGUUCAAUCCAUACGCGAUCAUUCUACUCUGCAAUUCCUCAGGAAGUUACAGAAUCCUCGUCGGUGAUACUUGGCGUCGAUGAGGCUGGGCGUGGUCCAGUAAUGGGUCCCAUGGUUUAUGGUAUUAGCUUCUGUACUCGUGAGUACCAGGAUACUGUUCUGAUUCCUAAAUAUGCUUUCGAUGAUUCCAAGAAAUUGACCGACCCAGUUCGUCGCGAUCUCUUCAGCAAGAUCUACAAUAAUGAGAUUACAGGUGUCGGCUAUGCGACAACUUGUAUCACACCAGUGGAUAUCUCUGGCGGUAUGUUCCGUUUCCCGCCUUCCAAAAACUACAAUCUGAAUGAACAAGCGCACGAUGUGACAAUGAAGCUGAUCCAGGGCGUUUUGGACAGAGGUGUCAAGCUGGAUCACGUCUACGUGGAUACCGUGGGACAACCAGCAUCGUAUCAGAAGAAACUUGAGCAAAGAUUUCCAAGCGUCAAGUUCACAGUAGCGAAAAAGGCAGAUUCCCUAUACUGUGUGGUAAGUGUAGCGAGUGUGGUAGCCAAAGUGACAAGAGAUAUCAUCGUUGACCUUUCGAGAAGAAAUCCCGAAGAGAUCAUCGGUUCAGGUUAUCCAUCGGACCCAAAGACAACGGCAUGGCUGCGUAGCAAUCAAUCACCUUUAUUUGGAUGGCCCCAUGAAAUGGUAAGGUUCUCCUGGCAAACCUGCCAGACCCUAAUGGAUAACGAGUCUACGGGAAGCGCACGCGUCGAGUGGGAAGAACAGUUUAUCAGCUCCAAGAAAAACAUGGCACAGCAAUGGGCCGCUCGCUCAUCGCCCAACGACGAAGCCAUCAUAACCAUGGAUAACUGGUUCAAUUGA